UAUCCUUUAUAUAAUACAGCAGAGAGAUGAACCCAUCUUAUAAUUAAUGUGUCGAACCUUUUUGAGAUAUCAGAAGUGGCCAAGCAUUUUUCUUUUCUCCUCCAUUUGAAGACUUUGAGGGCUCUUACAUUUUUCAAUGGCUGUAAAUUUUGCAAGAAGGCUAGAAGGUAAAGUUGCAAUUAUAACCCGUGCUGCUAGUGGCAUUGGUGAAGCUGCUGCAAGACUUUUCUCAAAACAUGGAGCUAAAGUGGUGAUCGCAGAUAUUCAAGAUGAUUUGGCACUAAAAGUUUGCAAAGACUUGGAUCCGUCAUCAACCACAGUUGUGCAUUGUGACGUUACAAAAGAAGAAGACUUGGAAAAUGCAGUGAACACGAUAGUUUCCAAGUAUGGGAAGCUAGACAUCAUGUACAACAAUGCUGGUAUUGCUGGAGAAGUAAAAUCCAACAUUCUUGACAAUGAAAAAUAUGAAUUCGAAAAAGUCAUUAGUAUUAACCUCAUAGGUACAUUUCUUGUGAUGAAACAAGCGGCCCGAGUUAUGGUCCCUCGUGGUCAAGGUAGCAUAAUUUCCACUACUAGUGUUUGUGCAUCGCUAGGUGGUGUUUGUCCUCAUGCCUAUACGAGCUCAAAGCAUGGAAUAUUAGGACUCACUCGGAAUGCUGCAGUUAAUUUAGGACGUUAUGGCAUUCGUGUGAAUUGUGUGUCACCAUACGUUGUUCCUACAGCAGCAGCUUUUGAUACCUUAAAAAAGAUGGGUAAGGAAGGUUCACAUGUUUAUUCUACCUUAAAUGGUGCUAAACUUACACGCAAUGAUGUGGCUGAAACUGUUGUUUUCCUCGCUAGCGAUGAGUCUAAGUAUGUGAGUGGCCAAGAUUUUAUUUUUGUUGGAGGAUACACAAUUGAGAAUCCAGGUUUAUCAAUGUUCAAUAGAUUUCUUUCUUCUAGUAAGAUGAUCAAUGUGGAUAACAAGAUUCAGUCACACCUCAAGAACUACAUUCAUCAAAUCAAACAAUUGAUGAAUCAAAGACGAAUUCAAGUUGGAAAUUGUUAUAGAGAAGUCAGAUUUAUUGCUAUCAUACUUGCUAAUAUUGGAGUUUUGACAAAAAUAGAGAGGUUAUUCACACGAGCUAUAACUCUAACAAGGAUGGCUAAAGCUUUAUUGAAGAAUGAUCAAUAUAGUUAUGUCCAAUUCAGAAUCAAAUCCAAGAAGGGGUACUUCACAUUUGAUAAUGGUUAA